AUCGACUCCAACAGCCAAGCAGUUCAGUCGAGUUCUCGCUUCGGUCGUACGUCGUUCGUGGAGUCAAAACACGUUUAGAUGAUAAAAAUGAAUAUGAAUAAAAGUUCGGAGACAGCAAUAUGUGAUUUGGGAUUCAAUGAUAAGCAAGAAGCCAUCCAACCGAGUGCCUUAAAAAAAGCGAUCACCUUUAGACGGAGAUCUUCCGCUGCAUCAACUUGCUCCUUUAGCUCAGCAUGCUUUACGGCAACCUCAGAUGAUGAGGAUGUCUCGCCUCGUGAGAAGAAGCAACGGAAUAGCAGCGGAAAUUCUGACUUUUGUGUUAAGAAUGUGGAGAGCCAGCACACUUUUGGAAGACGUGAAAUCGAUAUAGCUGAGCAGGAAAUGCCUGGCAUAAUGGCUUUGCGAAAACGCGCAUCUGAAGAUAAGCCAUUGAGACAAGCGAAAAUAGUCGGAUGUACUCACAUUAACGCACAAACCGCGGUCUUAAUUGAAACCUUGAUUGAGUUGGGCGCUGAAGUUCGGUGGGCGGCCUGUAAUAUUUAUUCCACUCAAAAUGCAGUGGCUGCUGCUUUAGCUGAAUCUAAUGUACCAAUAUUUGCUUGGCGUGGAGAAACUGAAGAGGAGUUCUGGUGGUGCCUUGAUAAAUGUGUUAAUAUUGAUGGUUGGCAACCAAAUUUGAUACUAGACAACGGAGGUGAUGCAACGCAUUUAAUGUGGAAAAAGUAUACGGAUGCAUUUAGAGGAAUAAAAGGAAUUGUUGAGGAGAGUGUCACUGGAGUACAUCGCUUGUACCAACUUUCAAAAACUGGGAAACUCACAGUGCCUGCGAUUAAUGUCAAUGAUUCUGUGACCAGAACGAAAUUCGAUAAUUUCUACAGUUGCAAGGAAUCAAUUUUAGAUAGUAUCAAACGAUCGACUGAUAUCAUGUUUGGUGGUAAGCAAGUAUUGAUUUGCGGCUACGGUGAAGUAGGUAAGGGAUGUGCAAAUGCCUUCAAGGGUCAGGGAUGCGUUGUUUAUGUGGCAGAAAUCGAUCCUAUAUGUGCAUUGCAAGCUUGUAUGGAUGGUUUUAGAGUAGUUAAACUGAAUGAGGUAAUACGCACGGUUGAUAUUGUUGUUACGGCAACUGGUAACAAGAAUGUAGUGGUACGAGAGCAUAUGGAUCGCAUGAAAAAUGGUUGCAUCGUUUGUAAUAUGGGUCAUUCCAAUAUGGAAAUUGAUAUUAAUAGCAUACAUACACCAGAAUUGACUUGGGAACAUGUACGCUCCCAAGUUGAUCAUGUUAUCUGGCCCGAUGGAAAAAUGAUUAUUUUAUUAGCAGAAGGUCGUUUGGCAAACUUAUCUUGCUCAGUGAUACCAUCAUUUGUAGUGUCGGUGGCUGCUGCUACACAAGCUCUAGCUCUCAUUGAACUCUACAAUGCACCCCAGGGACGCUAUAAAUAUGAUGUCUAUCUACUACCAAAGAAAAUGGAUGAAUAUGUUGCCAUCUUGCAUUUACCCACAUUUGAUGCACAUCUUACCGAACUUACGGAUGAACAGGCAAAAUAUCUUGGGUUAAAUAAGUCUGGACCAUUUAAACCCAAUUAUUAUAGGUACUAAGCUAUGUACGUUUCUGCUACUCCAGUAUUCUUACUCUUAAUUCUCUAAAACUGCUAUAAUAAUUUAAACUAGAAUUGUA